AACGACUUCGGUAGAAGAAGAGGACUGCCCUUGCCGGAAGUGGUUUUCUCGGGAUGGACGGCGCGUAUGUUAGCAUCAAAUCUGUCGAAGAAGGUUCGCAAACGCUUUCAAAAGCAAGGACAACACGAAGGGGUGCUCAGCAGCCACUGGUGAUCAAAGAGGAAGCUACUGUCGUGGAGUGCAGCCUCAUUAAAGAAGAGACAGAAGAAGAAGCUAUAGAUGAUGUCAAAGUAAAAGAAGAAGCCCCUCGGUUGGACCUGACUCCGGGUCAUGUGAAGAGUGAAUAUGAGGAAGCAGCCAGCAGCUGGUCUCGACACAUGAAAGGAGAGGAUGAUGGAGACACCGGUGGAGGAGCAGAAGCAGCCAGUGACUUGGCUGCACCCCUGCUCCCCGAGAGUUCGCCCUCCUCCGAGUCUGACACGGAUGACAGUGAUGACUGGGGUGAGACCAGUAAAGUUGAAUUGAGCAAGGCCAGAAGGAGGAAUGUUUGGGCUUCAGCUGGAAAGCAGCCGAGUGUGGCCACCGCUUCUCCACGGGAGUAUAAACAUGCAGGACUGCUGGACUUUCUUAUCCCGUACCUGCGACCCAGCAGGAGCAGCCAGACCCUGUCACGAUCGGCAUCUCCUCCCGAGGACCCCCCGUACCCGUCUGCCUCCCGUGUGAGGAGGGGGCCCUCCAGGUCCCGCAGCCCCAGGGAUCGCUCGCGGAGAGGAAGGUCCAGCUCUGCGGAGAGGCGGAGCCAGGGGCCUGGGGCCAAGCCACGCCUUCCUGAAAGCAAGCUUGCAGAGUGCUACCAUUUUGCUUUGUCCCUCGUGCCCAUGCUCAAAGCGCUGGACUACAACCGCAGAGAAGCGGCAAAAGUCCGGAUCAUAAAUCUGCUGCAGGGCAUCGACAGAUGACGACGGCCGUGCCGAAAACCUCCACCCUCUACUUCCUGUCCUCAGUGAAUACCAGGGAGCUCCCACCCCCCACCCCGAGGAACUGGGACACGAGCGCUCAGCUCAAGUGUUCAGGACAAAGGUCUCUGGUGAAACACCAUGUCAGUUUUUGGAUAUUACGUCUGUUUUGCACACACUUGUAUCUCUAUCCUUGUGGGGUCCUCUCCUGGCCGUCACCCUUUCCCCAGCCUCUCCCCCUAAACACUGGCUCACCUGAACCAGGACUCUGAACUAGAACCACCCAGUUAUUCUGACCUCAUCAAAUUAAGGCUGAACCUCGUGGGGACCAGACAAAUGUCCCCACAAAGUCAUACGGUCCUCACAAGGUGUUUUGUCAACCUCGCUUGUCCUUCCUGUGUUAGUUCUGGUUGUAAAAAACCUGUUUUGUUUUGACAUGAAAUGUUGCACUAAGAAUGUGACCUCUGAUUCAUGCCCGCUGAUAUUGGCCUGCCUCGGUCACCGAGCCAGACUCUGCUUGAACGACUGCUCUCGAGUUUGUCAGACUUCUGGUCAAUUCAUGGUCUUUAAGGCGGAACAUUUACUCCAUCUGCUGGAACCUACCUGGAGGACCAACCUCGUUGGUGCUUCUUUCUCUUCUUCUUCUUCUUCCAAAGCAUUUUCUUCUUUUCCACUCCCUUCUGUCUCCUUCUUCAAGCAAGUCUGGAGCCAAAGAGUCAAAUUUUUAUAGUCUAAACCGGUUCAUUUAAUCAUUUAUUCCAUUGUUACUGUAGAAUGACAAGAAUGAAAAUGAGCAAUUGAAAAAAAGACACAAAAUAAAGGCGGCAAUCAUCCAUGGGAAGCAAAACGUGAAGUUGUCGGACUCAGAACAAGCUUGUGACAGACGUGUCAGACCGCCGGUCUCUAAACGCUUCAGUGCUCUCGUGAUUCUCCUGCGACCCAGUGAAUUGAUGGCACUCACCACCUCAUGGCUACAGGUUCCGCGGGAUUCCUCUGCCCUGGUGUUUCAGAGGUGGAGGUCCAUGUUAUGUUUCUGCUCCGGCAGUCGUAC